UCCAGAACUGCUACAAUGGAAGUUAAAGGAAAAAAAAAAAUCACAGGAAAAGAUGUGAAGACCUCACAAGAAAAAAACAUAUUUCAUAAAAACAGUGAUUCUGGUUCGUCAAAGACCUUUCCAAGAAAAGUUGUCAAGGAAGGUGGACCUAAAAUCACACCUAAGAACUUCGAGAAAUGUGCCACAAAACCCGGGAAAAAAGGUGUAAAGCAGUUCAAAAAUAAGCAGCAAGGGGAUAAAAUACCAAAGAACAAAUUCCAGCAGGCAAAUAAAUUCAACAGGAAGAGAAAAUUCCAGGCGGAUGGUAAAAGUGAUGAAUCAGUGGCCAAGAAACCGAAGUGGGAUGACUUCAAAAAGAAGAAGAAGGAACUGAAACAGAGCAGACAACUCAGUGAUAAAACCAACUAUGACAUCGUUGUUCGUGCGAAGCAGAUUUGGGAGACCUUACGACGAAAAGACUGUGACAGAGAAAAGAGAGUCAAGUUGAUGGGUGAUUUGCAGAAGCUGAUUCAAGGGAAGAUUAAAACAAUGGCAUUUGCUCAUGACUCCACUCGUGUGAUCCAGUGUUACAUUCAGUAUGGUAACGAAGAACAGCGAAAACAGGCUUUUGAGGAGCUGCGAGAUGAUUUUGUCCAAUUGAGUAAAGCUAAGUAUUCCAGAAAUAUCGUUAAGAAAUUUCUCAUGUACGGGAGUAAGCCGCAGAUUGCAGAGAUCAUGAGAAGUUUCAAAGGGCAUGUGAGGAAGAUGCUGCGGCACACGGAGGCGUCCUCCAUCGUGGAGUACGCGUACAAUGACAGGGCCGUCUUGGAGCAGAGGAACAUGCUGACGGAGGAGCUCUACGGGAACACGUUUCAGCUCUACAAGUCUACGGAUCACCCAACUCUGGACAAAGUAUUAGAGGUACAGCCCGAAAAGCUAGAGCUUAUCAUGGAUGAAAUGAAGCAGAUUCUAACUCCAAUGGCCCAAAAGGAAGCUGUGAUUAAGCACUCAUUGGUGCAUAAAGUAUUCUUGGACUUCUUUACCUACGCACCUGCCAAGCUAAGAUCAGAAAUGAUCGAAGCCAUCCGCGAGGCGGUAAUAUACCUGGCACACACACACGACGGCGCCAGAGUGGCCAUGCACUGCCUGUGGCACGGCACGCCCAAGGACAGGAAAGUGAUUGUGAAAACAAUGAAGACUUACGUUGAAAAGGUGGCUAAUGGCCAGUACUCCCAUUUGGUCUUAUUGGCGGCAUUUGAUUGUAUUGAUGAUACUAAGCUUGUGAAGCAGAUAAUCAUAUCAGAAAUUAUUAGUUCCUUGCCUAACAUAAUAAAUGACAAAUACGGAAGGAAGGUCCUCUUGUAUUUACUGAGCCCCAGAGAUCCUGCACACACAGUGCGGGAAAUUAUUGAGGUUCUGCAGAGAGGAGAUGGGAACGCACACAGUAAGAAGGACACCGCCAUCCGCCGGCGAGAGCUCCUGGAGGCCGUCUCUCCGGCUUUGUUAAGCUACCUGCAAGGACACGCCCGCGAAGUGGUGCUGGAUAAGUCUGCGUGCGUGUUGGUGCCCGGCAUUCUGGGAGCUGCCACGGGAGACGUCCAGCCCACCAUGAGCGCCAUCGCCGGCUUGGCGGCCGCAGAGUUGCACCCGGGCGGCCAGGACGGAGAGCUUCACGUCGCAGAGCAUCCUGCGGGACAUCUCGUUCUGAAGUGGUUAAUAGAACAAGAUAAGAAGAUGAAGGAAAGCGGAAGAGAAGGUUGUUUCGCAAAAACACUUGUAGAGCAUGUUGGUGUGAAGAACCUGAGGUCCUGGGCCAGUGUAAACCGAGGUGCCAUUAUUCUUGCUAGCCUUCUCCAGAGCUCCGAUCAAGAAGUUGCAAACAAAGUCAAGGCUGGACUCAAAGGCCUCAUUCCCACAUUGGAGAAAAACAAAAAUGCCAGCAAAGGAAUAGAAACGCUGCUUGAAAAACUGGCCGCAUAGUGGAGAUAGUUAAGAACAAGAUGGAAUCUUCUUUCCUGUUCUCUUUUCCCAGAGCGGGAAAGAAGGGCCAGGGGCCGCCUUCCUGGGAGUCUGGGUGCUCUGUAUAUGUGCUUCUUCUUUGUAUAAGAGUCUAUUUAUAAAACAGUUUUCUAAAAA